AUUUAAGUAUAAGUAAUAGAAAGUCGGGAUCUUACAUAAAGUAUUUGGAACAAGAGCUUUUGGUCCCAAAGCUCUCUCUGACUAUGUGUUACUAAAUACUUAAUAGCUUCCCGGCAUAGCUGAACGCUCAUUUAUUCAACUUGGAAUAUUCGGUCAGAACGGUUGUGUUAGCUGUUUGUAUCGUUUCUUAAUAUUAAAACUCAAGUGGCAUUUUGUCUAUUAACUUUUUCUAUUAAUAAUGGCUUGCACUAAGUUCUUGACACUAAACAAUGGGGAGAAAAUGCCUGUCAUUGGCAUUGGUACCUGGCAGGCACCCGAUGCCGAAAUCGAACCCGCAUUAGAUAUCGCCCUGGAGGCGGGCUACAGACACAUCGACACAGCCCUUAUCUAUCGCAAUGAGAAGGCAAUUGGCCGUGUGCUCAAGCGCUGGCUGGAUGCGGGCAAGGUAAAGCGGGAGGAGCUCUAUAUUGUCACCAAACUGCCACCCACUGCCAUUCGGCCGCAGGAUGUGGAGUCCACCUUUAAGCAGUCGCUGGCCAAUAUGCAGCUAGACUAUGUGGACAUGUAUUUGAUUCACACACCCUUUGCCCUGUUCGGGAAUGCGGACGGCAGCUUUCAGUAUGACGAUGAGGGUCGCGUUAAGGUGGACAAGUCGACUAAUCAUGCCGCCGUCUGGGCGGAAAUGGAGAAACUGGUCGCAAGUGGAUUGACCAAAUCGAUUGGUGUCUCGAACUUUAGCAAGGAGCAGUUGGCACGUAUCCUGCAGAACUGCAAAAUACGUCCGGCCAACAAUCAGAUCGAGCAUCAUGUCUACCUGCAGCAACGGGAUCUCGUUGAUUUUUGUAAGGCGGAGAACGUGGUCGUUACCGCUUACUCGCCGCUCGGCUCCAAGGGUAUUGCCAAGUUCAAUGCGGCCCUUGGUAUUGUGCGCGACCUCCCGGAUCUGAUGGACAUACCCGAGGUCAAGGAGAUUGCCGCCGCGCACAAGAAGACACCCGCCCAGGUGCUGUUGCGCUGGAUCAUUGACACGGACGUCGUGGCCAUACCCAAAAGCACAAAUGAGACGCGUCUCAAGCAAAACUUGGAUGUGUUUGACUUCCAGCUGAGCGCCGAGGAGGUGGACAGGCUGUCGGCCCUGGACAAGAACAUACGCGUUUGCGACUUCUCCACUAUGCGCGGUGUGGAACAGCAUCCGGAGUUUACCUUCAAGAACCAAUACACCAAUUAAAAGGAAUUACAUACAUUUAUAGUAAAACAUAAAGUGCCGUUAUUUAGCAUACGACAACAAAUAAAUUCCAAUUUUUGCUGAUUCUCAGCGAGUCAUACGGCUGCAA